GCGUUCAAUACUGGCUGAUAAACAAACGGAGGGCUAAUUCCUCCUAAGGAUGGAUAUGUUAGACUACUGCAAGACUUAUAAUAUGGUAAAGAGCAGUUAUGCUAACCAAGAAUCUACUGAUUUAUCCUCUCAGGAAGCUCGACAACUCGGCAGUUCGCAGAAGAAUCACGAGAGUAAUGAUGGCAAUAUCUUAGGGGAGGCUGUUGAGAGUUUUUCAACAAAACCUGGGGAUUUAUCCCAUUAUGGGCCAGCUACACAGAUCGUCAAGGACGUAAGCAAUUCUGGGGAGAAGAAACUUAGCCCUUUGAAAGAGGUAGCAAGGAAAAAAGGAAUGAUCUCGACGCUAAAUACAAAGACUCAACAAAGACUGAACUUUGAAUGUGAACUGACUUUUGCCCCGAAACUGAAUGCAUUGAGUAUAAAACUGGCGAAAGAACGCGGCGAAAAGGUCCGAUCUAGCUCUGACAAAAAGACGUAUUACGCGGCAGAUGAGUUUACUUUUAAACCUAAAGUUAGUUCAAACAGUGUGAAAAUCGUACAGCAGUUAAAAACAACGUUUAUGGACCGACAGCAAAUGCAUGUGGAGAGACAGAAGCGCUAUAUUGAAGCAACAAUCAACAAUUUGAACCAAACCAAAGACAAGUUCACUCCAGUUCCUGAUAAAGUUUCCAGCAGGUCUCCAACGAGAUUGAAAAAGAUUUCAAAAUUUAAAGAAGCAAGGACUGCAGAGGAAGAUGAUCAGAAGUUGUCUGAUGAGAGUUUAAUAACAUCUCCAGAAGUGCUGGCAUCAACUUCAGCGCCUGAUUUUCUAACAACUCCCACCAAAAGCAAACAUGAUGGAACUAACUUGACAGGUUUGCAGGACCAAUCUGCCAAAGAAUCUGACUUGAAAUCUAUGUCUUCGCAUGAUCUCACAAAGAAAACAAAAUCAUCUGGAAAAAUUUCAGAGAAUGCUGUAAAUAGAGCUAAUGCUGCAUAUCAAAAAUUCCAAGAAUCAAGUCCCUACAAUCAGUCCCUUGAAAAUUUGUACCUGAAAAAGGGCAAGCAAGUUUUGAAAGCAGCACACAAAAGAACACUGACUCAUCCCCUGGCAAAACCAGUUACAGUUGAAAGUGACAACAAAAGCCCUGGUUGGGAUGAAAGUACAAAAGUUGAGAUUACUGGAAAACAAAAAACUACUCACUCCAGGAGUCGGUCUCAACCAAAUUCACAGCCAGGAAAAAAAAGUUAUGAUGAUCCUUUGUUUGACAAAGUUAGAAAUGCCAAAAAAGUUGCAGAAAAUGCUAUAAAGAAAAAGAAAGUAUUUAUAUGUCAUGGACCAUACCCGAUAGUGCGAGCUGUGCUUCGAAAGCGAGGAUAUGUAGAGAAACAUUACAAAGGAAAUCUUUUACCAUCAAAAAACAAGAAAAAUGAUAGUGAUGGUAGUGAUGAUGAUGAUUCUUGUGACAGUGGGGAUGAUUCUGACAAUGAAACAUCACCCAGGAAAAACACAAAGAUCUCUGGUAACCUUCCAGCUAAAUCACGUAGGGCAUCAAAGACUAAAACAAGAACAGUAGUUAAUGUCAGUAAGAAUAACAAUGAUGAUGAUGAUGAUGAUGGUAGUGGCUGUGAUGAUAGCGACAAUGACAGUACUGAUAAUGAAGAUUGGAAUGCAGGAUAUGAGGGUAAUGGCCCAGACUGUGAGUUUAGUCUUAUGUCCAGAACUGUACGAAAUGCUGUGGCUUCAUUUAUAUGGACAACCAGACGGGAUGACGUGGAUUUCAAGUUUUUAAAAAAGGAUCAAAUUGUGAAUCAUUACAGCAAAGCUGGCUCGUUCACUACAAAGUUUGGUCUCACCACAAACCUGAGGAAUUUGAAGUGGUAUGAAGAGGCAGAUCACUAUACAUUCUUCCCUCGUUCACACUUGCUUGGUUCAGAUGAUGAAAAAAUGGAUUUCAUAGAUGAUUACCGUUUGACUGCUGCUUUAAGCAUAGUUAAGUGGGUAGUUCAAAGGUAUGAAAAUGGCAACACUGACGAUAAGCUCACGUCCAAUAGAGAACCUCUGCCUCCUGAUCAGGGGCAUGCUACCCCUAAGACAACCUCUAGUGCAAAACCAAGGGAUUCAGCCACAUCCAGAGCAACAUCCAGAGCGACAUCCAGAGCAACAUCCAGAGCAGGAACUGGUGUUACAUCCAGAGCAUCUUCCAGCGCAACAUCUAAUGUGGUACCUGUGAAGGCCCUGACACUUGCACUACAGGCUUGCCGAGAUUUCCUCAAGUGUAAGGAGCAUUUGGACAUAGAUGAGCCUCUUAGUAAGGGUCCAGCCAUCUCAGAAGAUUCGUGGAAACUACUAGUUGACUAUUAUUAUCAAGUCAAGAGUCCUGGGACUGUUAUUGCAACAGCAUAUCCUUUUCUCAAAGAGUGUCAGAAUGUUGUGAAGCAGAUGAAGGAAUACCUUCCUCAAAUUGACAUUGAUGGUACGAAGAACAUUUGGAUUGUCAAACCUGGAGCAAAAUCAAGAGGCAGAGGGAUUAUGUGUAUGGAUCGUCUCAACGAAAUUGUCAAGCUUGUUGGAAGUAAUGCUGUAGGCAAGAAAGAAGGUCACUUGGUUGUCCAGAAAUAUAUAGAAAGGCCACUGCUGAUUUAUGGAGUGAAGUUUGACAUCAGACAGUGGUUUCUUGUUACUGACUGGAAUCCUUUGACUUUGUGGUUCUACAAGGAUUGUUACAUACGAUUCUGCAGUCAGAACUUUUCUCUGGAAGACUUUCACAUAAGCAUACAUCUUGCCAACAAUUCCAUCCAAAAGCACUUUGAGAAUGGAGUUCGCGACAAGCGUAUUCCAGAUGAGAAUAUGUGGGGCAGCGAUGACUUGAAGGCUUAUCUCAAGAAGCGUGGUGUUGGUGAAAUGUGGGAAGAAUCAAUUUAUCCUGGAAUGAAGAAAGCUGUUAUUUCUGCUGUGCAGUCCUGUCAGGAGAUAGUGGAAUAUCGAAAGAAUUCAUUUGAGUUAUAUGGCGCUGAUUUCAUUAUUGGUGAAGACUACAAGCCAUGGUUGCUGGAAAUAAACUGCAGUCCUACCAUGGGACCGAGUACAGCAGUAACAAGAAAGCUGUGUGCACAGGUUCUGGAAGAUACCAUGAGAGUCGUACUUGACCGACGUGAGGACAAGAACUGUGACACAGGGAGAUAUGAAUUGGCAUUUAAGCAGCCCCAAGUGUCAGCUCCUCCGUACAUUGGCAUGAACAUGGUAGUAGAAGGACAGGGAAUACGCAAGCCAACAGCAAAUGUAAAGAAGCAUGAGCUGACAUCUCCCAGAGUUGUACCAAUCUCCAAAACCAAGGAUCUCUCUACAGAAACCAAGGCUGCAAUUGUCUCCCGGCACAAACAGACGUCUCCAGAAGGCAAUAAUACUAAGAUUUCAACUUUAUCUCGCCCCAAAGAGGCACGAAAUGUCAUUGCAAAUCUUUCAGGUGAGGCUUUGGAGACGUUGAACACCAAAAGUCAAGUUGAAACAAAAAGGAAACCUGAAGGUUCAUGGGCAACUGGUUGCAUGUGUGCUGCACAGGCCAUUCCCAUAGCAACAACCUUUUGCACAACAGAUGAAGGGAAGUUUAAAGGACUCAUUAAAAGAAGUAAAUCUCGUUAUUCAGCUGACGUUGACAUUGCAACCGAGAUGCAACCAAAAGUUCCAAGGGCAAUGCAAAUACCAAAGGCAGUUCUCAAGUACUCCAAUGACAACAGUAUGCGACAGAGAACACAGCUACCAAUAUCUAUCGGCCCAGACAGUAAUGGAAAACAUUUCUAACCAUUACUGUAAGUUUAUCGCCUAUUGGUGUUCCUGUCAGCCUAAAUAUGGGCAAAAAAUACUGUGACAGAAUUACCACAAAUUUUGUGACCACAUUGCCAAGAACUAUGUGACAAUUCUAGGAAUCAAUCGAGCAGAAUCUAAUUCAAGGUGAAAAAAAGUUGACUACUUCUAGAUCUCCCAUGGAAGGUCAUUAAAAGCUGUAUUUAUAAUUGAAAUUUAGCUAGUAACUCCUUGAAUUGCAAGCUUUAUUUUUAACACAAAGAACUAUACAGUCUAAAUUUUCACUCUACAAUCAAACAAAUUUCUAAAUAUGUGGUUGAGGAAAGAGCAGGUACUAAUAACCAUGUUACAUAUCAAAGGUACAUUUUUGCUAAUUUAAGCCUGUAAGAGGAUUGCUUUUACCAUGGGCAAAUUGCGGUAUAAAGUUUCUCCCUUACACUACCCAUUUAUCAGUUUAAUGAGCAGUUGCCUAGUAAUAGAAUCUAGCUUAGACAGAAAUAAAUUAUUGCUUAGACUUAUUAAGUUACUACACAAACAUUGAGUCUAAAAGAUUUUAAAAAAUAGAAAAUCAGAGGUGCUUUUAACAAAAAAAGUACCUUGUAUCUUCUACAAUGUAUGGCACAAGUUAUGAAAUUACUGGCAGCUUUUCAUUAAAGAGACAUUAAUUUUGCUCACUACUCACUGUUGGCCACAAGCUAACUAGAAUUUUUUUUUACUUUUGCACCAAUUAUAUAAAACCUACAAUAGUAUUCUCAGUUUAAUUGUAGACUGAUGCACUGAAUAUUUAUCAACACAGAGUUGUAUAUAUGAACAGAAUGUUAAAUAUUUU